UGCUGAUAGUCAGCAUGCUGCAAUGGCACUUCACUGUGGGAAUGUUCUUUCUCCUCCUCAAAGGUGAAAAGAGCUGCUUGGGGAGAGGACAAUUUUGCUUGGAAAACAGACCUGCAGGAAAUGGGUUGUGCAUCUGUUCUGACAGGUCCUAAAGCACUGAGUGGAUUUCUUGGCAGGUCGCUGUCUGUGAUGUGUCAGUAUGAUGCUGGGUAUCUGGACUAUCAUAAAUAUUGGUGCAAAGGAACCUUUUGGAGUGAUUGUCACAUAGUUGUUGAGACCAGAGGAUCAGAGGCAGAAGUGAAGGCUGGCAGAACUUCUAUCAAGGACAAUCAGACUCGUUUGGAAUUCACAGUGAGCCUGAAGAACCUCACCCAGCAAGACGCUGGGGGUUACUGGUGUGGCAUAAGAAAAGCAGGUGUUGAUCCCGGGUUCUCUGUAGAUAUUACUGUUCUCCUAGAGCCUCCCACUACAACAAUAGCAAUAACUACUGGAUAUUUUUCCACAGUUCCAAACUCCUCUACCCUAAGACCAACAAGAAUUCCUCCGUUUGUCACCACAAUCCUGCUACCAGUUGUGUUUCUGGUGCUGGUGAUCCUUUUGGUAGCAGCUUUACUGCUAAUGUGGAGACUAAAGAAGCAAAAAGCUGCCAAAGCAAGUGGGGAUAUUCCAUUGUCUAUGGCUCCUAAUCAGACAGAAGGCAAUAUUUCCAGUACAACUGUGAAGCCAAAGCAGAGAUCGCACAACAAGACUGCUCCACCCAGUCCUCCAGCCACAAACAACACAGAAGUGGAAUACGCAUCCAUGAUUGAAGCUCCAACUUUCACUCAGUCACAGGUUCCUACAACUACAGAAGACAUUUCUUACGCUUCCUUAAAUUUUACUGCCCUACAUGAGGAAGCUACUUAUGCCAAUGUGCAGUAGGCAUCCAGUCAAAAAUCCUGACGACAAUAGAGCACUGUGAAUCGAAAAGGAAACAUAGUUGGAACCUUCUCAAUGGGACACUUUCCUUUUGCCCCUCCUCCUCUAAGGGGCCAUUGUAACACCUCAUCACUCAUAGAGGUGUACCCUCCACCUGAUGCCAGCUCCAGGCAGUGGGUCUGCGAUGAUGAGAUGUAGCUUAUUUUCUAUACCAUUUGUAGGAACCCAAAGAGAAAGCUAUGGUCAAGAAGCUAUCUUAAACUAAACCUGGCUUUCUGCUUAUGUAAACAGCUGUCUAAUCAGCUGUGUGGUGUUUUUACGGGUCUCUGCUAGGGAGGGGUGGCCAGUUUAUUUCCAGUCCAUGCCCACCUUGCACAUAUUCAUUCAUAAAUCCACUUCAUACUGUUUCCACAUUUAUCUGCAAUUUAAAAAGUUGGCAGAAAAUCAUAUUUAAAUAUUUAAUUACAAGAUACAUAUUGUAGCUCAACGUACACAUUUCUAAACUUAACUAAAAAUCCAGUCACAUUCCAGUCUGCAUAUUAGUCUGGAUGGGGCAGAUCAGCUCAGGUCAUGCUGGAAUUCACAGGGAUCAAAUUGUCUCAAGCACUCCUAACUCCAUGCACUGUUUCUUUAUAUCAGGAAUAUUACGUUGUGCAAUAACGUACUCCUGCUGUUAUGUGCUUCCCCAAGUCCUUGCCUUUGUCCUCCUGUGAACCCAUUGUUUUUGUAAGGUACCUUUUAGAUUAAGAGUCAAUGAAGUAUGAAAGCUGUUUGUAAUCUUUGUGCAUUUGUGUGGGAUUGUUACUGCAGGCCUUAUCAGAAAUUUAGAAUUGCUGUUUGGGAAAUUAAGAAACAGGAUGCCAGUGGCUUCUGAUGGUGAGAACCAAUCAAGAACUGCAGCUUGAAAAAAAGAAAGAAAAAAGAAAGAGGAAGAACUCAGCCUGGAGGCUUUCCCCUCCUCAUAACACUUUUCACUGUUUCGUGCUCAGUGGCUGGGGGGACUGACCUGUUCUGCUGAAAAAGUGGAAGCAUCCAGGCACUAUUGCUCAAGAGGCUGUUUGGAAAUAUUCACUGUAUGGGCUUGAAUUUCCUUUUGUAAUUGGGAACAGAAUUCUGUUAAGUUGUUCCUUACUUGAAGAGGACACUAGAUCUUAUGAAUGGCCCCAGAAGUCCUCAUUAAAGCAUGUG